CAGUGAUUGACUGUCCUCACAGCCACUCAUGACAACAACUCUCUAACGCCUGUCCAUCGCCUGACUCUCUGACCAGUUGUCCAGCGGUUCCCCAAAUGCCCUCCAAUUGGAGUUGACUUUUGUUUUGUCCAUAAAUUACGAUUCGCUGUAUCGAUCGGUCGAUGAAUGUCGACAACAAUUGGCACAACAAUGACAUAAUCACCGCACAAGACAUACACUCAUGAGUGUCGUGUUCACUGAACACAACGACAACGCGAAUGGAGAGUGAAGUGGACGUCAUGUCCGGCAAAGGCAAGGGAUGGCCGAAGUCGCGAUCGCUGCUCAAAGAGGUGCUCAUCGGUCGCCAUAUGAAUGGCUUACUAGCGGUUCCCGCGGAGACGCCACCGAUCAGUGGCACCAUUGAUGACCACACCAGCGAUGCCGAGGACGAGGCGCUCAUCGGAUACCACACGCGAGAGAUCCAACGCAUUGAAGCCAUUCAGGCGUACUACAAGAACAAGAUAUUGCAACUCAAGACCUACUCAUGCGAUCGCCGCAAACGCCGCAGACUGAGGCCCACCACCGGUCGCCCCACCCGUGCGCCC